AUGUUUGAAAUCGAAGGUUUUGAGUUUCUUUCUACUCAGGCUUUUCCUGUUAGCCGGCUAUUCAUGAAACACCCAGACAUUGCAAUUGAUUUCAAACUAAAUUGCAAAGGUCUGAAAACAGCAUACAUGAAUACUAUCAUCAGCCUCAUCAAGACAUUGUGCAGGCCUCCUAAGAGCUUUUCUGAGACUGAGCUAAGCAGCAUUGACAGCGAUUUGAGAGAGCUAACAGAAGCGUGUUUUAAGCUGGAUUGGUUAAAGACAAAGCUUGAGGAGGUUUCCUUGUUAAGGAAGAAAGAAAUUGCUGAUGAUCUCCGAGUCCAAAAAUUGGAGGAACGGGUCAAGAGUGCGCAGCUGACUUUGUCGGAUAUCAUAGUUGAACUGGAAACUGAGAAGGCUAAAUCUGCUGCUGCUGCUUCUAAAUUAUUGUCUUUUUUCCGACAUUAUUUGAUGCCAAAAUCAUCUGGAGUCUAA